AUGCGCGUGAUCAGUGUGGUGAUUUGCGUCCUGAUCGGGACUUCGCUGGCCCAAUCAGAUCCUAGUGUUCAGCAGCAGCAAUCGUUGACCGCCACGGAGAAGCCACUCCAGUUGGAGAACCCAGCCUACGACCCUUCGCUGUACCAGAAAUUCCUCCCGCAGGAUGCGGUGCAACAGUACGUGCAUUCCUACACGGGUCAUCCUUAUCCGGCAAAUCCGACGUACUACGGAGCGUCUCCGUUCGACGGAGCCACCGCGUUUGCCGCCAUUCCGACCGGCGGAUUUGAAGGGUUCCUCAUCCCGGCACCAGCCGAGAAGGAUUCGCCAUCGCUCUUCACCUCCAUGCGAACACUUCUACCCAGCGCUCGCUCGUUGGUCACCUUCGUAGGAAAGCUGGUGUCGGUAGUGGUUGGUUCGGUGGGAGUGCUUCUGUUCGGCACCAUCCUUACCUCGCUCACCUGCUUCUUCACGCCCUUCUGUACGCUGUCGUUCCGCAAUGCCAAGUUCCUCACCGGAGCGCAGGAGACGGCGCAAGAUCUAGUGCAGACAGUCGGCGAACAGGUGACACCCGAACGGGUUAAGCGAGCGGCCGAAUUUCUCUAUACCGCCAUCGACCGGUUCCAGCGGUUGAACAACGUCGUCAAGGAAGCUACCGAGCGGAAGGCAGCGGCCGCGGCAAACACCGGCGUGCGUCCGAGUUGA